AUGGAACCCGCAACGUUCAACGUUCUUCAGUUGUCGUUUUCGUUUUUGCUGGUAUUUUCGGCCUACAGUUCAGCUGCUUUUAUAUCUGAGGUGUUAUUAGACCAAUAUGCCGAAAAAGGAAUGCUGGAGAAGCAUGCCGGCUAUCACAGGUAAAGACGCCACAUUGAUGAAACCUCUGCGGUUUUUUAGAUCAUAAUUCACAUUCGUUAUUUUUAGCCAGGCCAUUAUUUACGUUGUUUUUACCUUCUCAAACUUCUUCGCUGCCCCAAUUUUAAAUAAAAUCGGGACAAAGCCCUCGCUAAUCAUUGGGGCUUCAACUUAUUUGGUAUUCCAUAUUGGAUUUAUUGUCUUGAACGAGAUUUUAUUGUAUGUUCUCUCAGCAUUCCUUGGAUUUGGCGCCGCCAGUAAGUUUUUAUUAUCUUAUCCAUGACCUGAUGUGUUUUUAGUUAUAUGGACUGCUCAAGGUAAAUAUUUAUCAUUGAAUUCGGGUGACUCGAACACUUCAAAGCAUUCUGGAUUGUCGUGGGCCAUUUUUCAGAUGUGGUAUGUCGUUUUAUUUUUAAACUUGAUUAGUUUUGUUGUUAUCCUUGCUUAUAUAAUUGUGAUUUUAAAGUACGCGCUUCCGUAUAACUACGUACACACUUGGCAAAAAUGCAAUAAGUCGCGUUGAGACUCAAAAAAAUAAUUUUUGUACGGUAGAAAAAUAAUUUUUUUUUGUGGCUGGUGCCGAGAAUUUUUUUGUUUGCGGAUGGAAUGGACGAUUUUCGAGCCGUGGCGUCGUUGUAAGUAUAUUUUAUGUAUAAUAAAUGUAUUUUUUUGUUUUUUUGUGAAUAUUUUUCUUAAUUUUAGCUUCUUUUCAAGAAAAAUUUUGAUUUUUUAGGUUGAAUUUUUCUGACGCGUCAAGAAGCGUGGAUUCGAGGUCGUCCACAUGAACCCACUGAUGAAUACGGUGUCCAGCAAUUGAAGAUAGAGCUCUUCAACUCCUUGAAACGAAUAUAAGGUCAGGAUUGAAAAGCCAAAAGAUCAAUGGGGUAUGUUGUAUUGCUUGCUUUAGGUGUUUUAGGUACUAAAAUUUUGACGUUUGAUCCAUAAUGACGUAAUAUUGCAUGUUUUUCUUUCAGAUUUUCACAAAUCCCUUUCCUUGAAGUCGUCAACGAGGUCUCGAACUUCAUCAAGGGCGCCGAAUAGAAAGAACCCAAGCCGUUGCCUUCGUUCCAAUCUCUGGAUUCAACCGGGACAAGAUUUAGUUGAUCGUGUCCGUGAUCACCAAGAAUAUUAGCUUCAUUCCUCUAACAUGUUUAUGAAUUCGUAAAAGAAUACAAAAUAAAAGUUUACGUUGAACCAAUUAUUCUAUUUUUCUUUAUUGUAACUAAAUCUCAAGUGGCAAAAUGAAAAAAAAGAAGCUGAAAGUAAACUAUUUUCAACACAACUUUUCUGGACCUUCUCGUCAGGGAUGUUCUACAUGACCUUGCAAAGGCUUUUCGAUAUUGACCUUGCCUUCAUCGACCUUCUGCUUUUCCACUUCCAAUACAACCGUUGAAGAAUUGUACGCGACGAAACCGUUGUUCUACAUCGAUGUACUCAUCAAUGGGUUCAUGUAGAUGACCUCGAAUCUACGCUUCUUGACGCGUCAGAAAAAUUCAACCUAAAAAAUCAAAAUUUUUCUUGAAAAGAAGCUAAAAUCAAGCAAAAUAUACACGAAAAACAAAAACAUAUAUUUAUUAUACAUGAAAUGUACUUACAACGACGCCGAGGCUCCAAGAUUGUCGAUUCCAUCCGCAGAACAAAAUUCUCGGCUCCAGCCAAAAAAAAUAAUUAUUUUUCUACCGUACAAAAAUUAUUUUUUAUUGAGUCUCAACGCGACUUAUUGCAUUUUUGCCAAGUGUGUACGUAGUUAUACGGAAGCGCGUACUUUAAGCCUGAUAUGCGGUGGAGUUUUUCUUUAUUUUCUCUUCGAUCAAAGCAGCUUGGAACUCAAGAAUUUCACCAAGAAUAUGAUGUUUGGAAUCUUCGCUGGAAUUACCUUCUUUGGAAUCGUAAUCAUGGCCUUAUUACGUAAUGUAACUGACGCUGAACAAAACGAAAAUGUCGAGGGAACUUUUGGAUUGCCUGCUACUGAUAGCACUGUGGGAAUUGUCAGUCGAGAUAAUGUGGUUGCCGAUGCGGAUGGUAAUAUAGAUGUUGUUGGUGAAGGAGAAGGUGACCUUAAUUACGACGUAAUAAGAGGUGUAGAGGGGGUCCAAGAAGUUGUCAGAAGUCGAGUGGAAGAUGACAUCACCCUUUAUGAGAGACUCCGUAAGUUUAAGAAACAUUUAUUAGAUUUAAAAUGAAAUUUUGUGUGAAAAUUGUUUUUUAGGUAUAAAAUUUUAUAAUUUUAGAGAAAACAAUAUCUCUGGCCACAUCCUCUCGGAUUCGACUGCCCCUCAUUUUGUUCAUGUACUCUGGUAUCACCCAAACCUUCUUUGGCGGGGUGUAUCCAUCAAUGAUUGGAUAUUCUCUCGGUUUUGGAAACAAUCCAAAGAAAAAUCUUGCUUUGAACAUGAUUUUCUAUGGAUGUGGGCAAACAUUAGGUAAGAAAAGUUGUGUUUAUAGUAAAAUACAAUAUGGGGUUUUAGGUGGCCUACUAUUCGGAAUAUUCUCAGAGAAAACGAAGAAGUUGGGGAGGGAGAAAAUCGCCUUCAUUGGUACAGUCAUCGUUUUUAUUGCAUUUUCCUUGAUUUUCAUUAAUUUCGCGGAGGAUUCGCCAUAUCAGAAGACUGAAGCCGAUGGAAUUAUCACUCCGAGGUAAGGGGUUUUUCGAUUUUUUUGCUGAGAAUAAAUCGCAAUAUUAGAAAGACGUAUUUUACGUUGUCGUUUAGCCUGAUCCUCGCGUUGUUUUGUGGAUUCCUCCUUGGUUGUGGCGAUUCUUUAUGGAACACUCAGAUUUAUUCUUUGCUGAUUACAUCCUUUUCUGAUUGUUCGGCCGAAGCUUUCAGUAUUUUCAAGUUCUUCCAGGUAAUUAAAAACUUUUGAAAGCAUGGGGAGAAGCGUAUUUUACCCUUUAUUUUAGUCCCUGGUGUGUUCUCUUGGAUUCUUUUACGCAAAAUGGUUUGUCUUGAAGAUCCAUCUUAUUAUCCUGGCCUUCUGUGCUGUGAUUUCGACAUUCAGCUUCAUAAUAAUUGAGAGAAAUUUGAGACGAAUUGAAUCCGUUGAGACGGAAGAGGAAGUUGUUGGGGAGAGGGCUGUUUUGUAA